AUGAUUGUGGUUGGUGAAAGCAAUGAGGAAUUUAAUACCGUAGAUGAUAGUUGUUUGGAGUUGGUUCCUACUUUGAACAUGUGUUUUGACACUAUGCAAGAAGCAAAGAAAUUUUAUUCUGACUAUGGAAAAAGAUGUGGUUUUGGUGUUGGAACAAUAACUUCUAAAAAGGACGACAAUAACGAAGUGUACUACUUGAGAUUGGUAUGUUCAAGGGAAGGUAAAUAUGUUUCUAACAUUCGUCCAGAAGUGAAAACUCUGCCUAGUCAGACUAAUCAAUGCCGUGCUGGAAUAACAAUUGCUCGAAAAGAUGACAAAUGGGUUGUAAGGACUGUAGCUGUAGAGCACAGUCAUGAGCUUUGUUCACAAACCUCCAAUCUAUUCCGUGCCAAUAGAAAAUUGAACAUGCAUGCGAAGCACACAUUGGAAGUUAAUGAUGAAGCCGGUGUACAUAUUAACAAGAGUUUCCUUAGCAUGGUUGGUGAAGCUGGUGGAUAUGAAAAUAUGCAAUUUAUGGAGAGAGAUGCUAGGAACUUCAUUGGUCAACAUAGAAGUACGACACUUCUACAAUUUGUGGUUCAGUACGAUAAUGUUCUUAAAUUCAAAGCCCAAAAAGAAAUAGAAGCCGACUUCUAUUCCUUCAAUACCACAGUUGCAUGUGGGUCUCAAUCACCUAUUGAAAGACAAUUUCAAGUUGAGUACACACAUGCAAAAUUUGAGGAAGUACAAAUUAAGUUUCAGUCCAGGAUGAAUUGUUUCUUCAAAGACACAGUGAAGGACUGUAUUUCUAACAAGUACACCAUCGAAGAAGAGUGCAUGUGGGAUGGAAAAUCUACCGCCAAAUAUUACCAUGUUGAAUUUGAUCCUCUUACAAAUGAUACAAGUUGCUCUUGCCUACUCUUUGAGUUUAGAGGUAUUAUUUGUCGGCAUUGCCUAUUCGUUCUCGGUCAGGAAGAUUUACAAAAUGUCCCCUCUAAAUAUGUUCUCCACCGUUGCAGCAAAAAUAUCCGAAGAAAGCACACACUGAUUAGAGCAGCUUACAGUUCUUUGAAUCAAGAACCCAAGAUGCAAAGAUACCAAUCAUUGUGUAAGUGGUUCUAUGAAAUAGCUGAGGCUGCAUGUGAAUCUGAAUUUGCAUCUCAUAAUUGGAAAAAGAAUUGA